GCCAACUUCCGGCAUCUUGUUCUUCCAAAGAUCUCGCUGCACCAGCCCACGUCAUGCUCCAGUUCCCUUUCAAUCGAGAACAGGACAUCGCCGCACAGUGCGAAAACGGUAACAACGUGUGAUGAUCACUCUCUUUCGACCUGUCGCUCAACGUCGCGCACCUAUGUCGCACGCAUCACCUGUCCCAAUCCCCUGGCAAGGGACGGCUGUAUACCCUUGACGGUAUGAGCUCAUGCUACUUCCUUUCCUUUUCUGCCAUGACCACUUCGUACUCAGACCGAGGCGAGAUCCUCUUCAAGAUGUGUAUCUUCACGCUAUCCAUUGUUGCUCGUUGAUUAAUUCUACUGAUCUCAAGGAUGCGCACGCUGGGGAAGAAACUUUUUUAUUCUCUCGUUCUGUUGAAUUCGGUGAGGGGUAGUGGGGCGAGUUAUAAUGAGGAUGGACUGGAGGUAGAGCUGGAGAAGAUGGAUGCGGACAACACUACGUUGGCAGCACCCAUUAUUGCAGUUCCCAGCCAACAUUGGGAAGGAGUAGACGGCAAUUGGUCGACCUUCGAAAUUCGUGUUGGCACACCCGCAAACGUCUUUCGCGUCCUUCCCGUCACUUCCUGGCAAGAAACAUGGGUCAUCUGGGGUUCUGCAGCAGGUCAUUGUAAUGUGAGCGCUGGGGUAUCGCCAGAUUGUGGAGAUGCCAGAGGUGGUCUUUUCGACAAUAACACUUCGAGUACGUGGGAAAAUGGCCAAGAACAAUUUCUGGGGUUGGAUGAGGCGUUGGGAUACGAUGGGGAGGGCCAAUACGGAUUCGAUACCGUGGGCAUUGGGUACACGAAUGAUACUGGACCCACGCUCACGCAUCAAGUCGUCUCUGCGAUCUUCUCUAAUAGUUAUUGGUUCGGAAUCCUAGGACUCGGGUUUCAACCUUCGAAUUUGACAGGAUACGGCGAUCCACAGGCGAGUUUCGCGGACACCUUAUUCUCGAACGGAUCGAUUUCGAGCAAGAGUUGGAGUUAUACUGCUGGUGCAUACUACCGGCUGAAGUCCGUGUAUGGGAACUUGAUAUUCGGAGGCUACGAUGCGUCGAGGUUUACGCCCAACGGGGUUGUCUUUACUAUGACCGGGGAUAAUCUGAGGGAUAUUGUUGUUACAAUUCGCAAUAUCACGGCAACCACUGGGCAAGGGAAUACGACGCUGAUGUCUACUCCCGAGUUUGCGUUCAUUGAUUCGGCGGUUCCGGAACUGUGGCUGCCCGUUGCGGUCUGCCAGCAGUUCGAGAAGGCUUUUGGUCUUACGCUUGAUCAAACGUCCGGGCUGUACUUGGUGAACGACACCACGCACCAGAAUCUCAUGAAUAUGAAUCCCAGUAUCACGUUCACCCUGGCAAACCAAAAGUCCGGGGGUUCGACAAUCGAUAUCGUCCUUCCGUACGCAGCUUUCUACCUGGAUGUCAAGCCACCGGUCUUGGUGAACAAGACGUCCCACUACUUUCCUAUCAAGCCAACAUCAGAUAAUACGCUCUACACACUCGGUCGCGCGUUCCUGCAAGAAGCGUAUGUUACAAGCCACUACGAAAGCCACACAUUCAACGUCUCGCAAUGCAUCUUCGAAGAUACAGUCUCCCCACGCGUGAUAGCUCUUCCUCCCACCCUUCCUCCCCCAGGCCCAGGCUCCUCGGGCUCUGGGUCCGGAUCAAAACACAAAAAGCUAAGCGGAGGAGCAAUAGCCGGCAUCGUUAUCGGCACGCUCGCUCUACUGAUCCUGCUCGGCGCCCUCAUCUUCGUAUGUCUCCGCAGACGAAAACGCAGGCCUGAACCCCCGAGUACUCCGCCUGUUGAAAUUGAUACCGGAAAGCGAAUCGAUCAGCCGGCCAGUGGGCAGGUUUCUAAUUAUGCUUCCGAGGUUGAUGGGCAGGAGAAGAUUGAGAUUCAAGGAAAUCCGAUUAUGAUUCCACAGGAACUGCAGGCUGAGGUCCCCCAGGCCGGGCCGAGUUAUGUGAGGGGAGUAACCGAAGCAGGUGUUUUGAGUCCAAUUCGAGAGCAAAAGACGCCGAUGGCGGAGUUGGGUGCUGAAGAAGGGGGACUGGUUGAGGGGCAUGGAAAGGGGUAUCGAGAACAGGAGGACUCUCCACGAAGUGGCGAUGGAGAGCGAGGGUUGGACCAUAUUGUGAGUCCGAACAGUUAUACGAUUCCGAGUUCGAUGGGGAGGGGAAGGCCGAUUAGGACGUCAGAGAGUCCUACAGUUAGUGAAGCCACGCAGAGUACUUGGUCUCCAAAUACGCUGGUGCAGAGGAGGGGAAGUAAAUUCGAGGAGAGGUUCGGAGACUAAUGUUUAUUACCAAUAUGUUGAGACCCCUGGCAAUGCGUGUCCAG